AUGCAGCCUCCGGCGGAGUCCAGGGUCUCCACGGUAGUCGAUGUCGACCUCGGCGACCGUAGCUAUCCGAUCUACAUCGGCGCAGGCCUCCUCGACGAGCCGGACCUGCUGCAGAGGCAUGUUCAUGGUAAGAGGGUUCUGGUGGUGACCAACGCGACCGUCGCGCCGCUUUACCUGGAAAAGGUGACAUGGGCACUCACCCACAACAACCCGAAUGUGUCAGUGGAGAGCGUGAUCCUGCCCGACGGCGAAAAGUACAAAGAUAUGGACACGCUGAUGAAGGUCUUUGACAAGGCAGUCAAGUCCCGGUUUGACCGCCGGUGCACAUUUGUAGCACUGGGUGGUGGCGUCAUUGGGGACAUGUGUGGGUUUGCAGCUGCUGCAUUCCUCCGGGGCGUCAAUUUCAUACAGAUACCAACUACUCUAAUGGCCCAGGUGGAUUCAUCUGUUGGUGGGAAAACCGGGAUUAACCACCCACUAGGGAAGAACUUGAUUGGGGCAUUCUACCAGCCACAAUGUGUUCUAAUUGACACAGAUACACUGAACACAUUGCCUGACAGGGAGCUAGCUUCAGGCAUCGCCGAGGUAGUAAAGUAUGGGCUCAUAAGGGAUGCACCAUUCUUUGAGUGGCAAGAGAAGAACAUGCCGAAAUUGUUAGCAAGAGAACCAAAUGCUUUGGCCUAUGCUAUCAAGAGAUCAUGUGAAAACAAAGCUGAAGUGGUUGCACAAGAUGAGAAGGAAAGUGGUUUACGAGCAACACUAAACCUGGGUCACACAUUUGGCCAUGCUAUCGAGACUGGGCUUGGAUAUGGUGCAUGGCUCCAUGGGGAGGCUGUCGCAGCUGGAACAGUUAUGGCAGCUGAUAUGUCUUACCGCCUGGGGUGGAUAGAUGAGUCCCUAAAAAAUCGUGUGGUUGACAUACUAAAGCAAGCCAAGCUUCCCAUUGCACCUCCAGAGGCCAUGACCGUGGAGAAGUUUAAAAACAUCAUGGCUGUUGACAAGAAGGUAGCUGAUGGUCUGUUGAGACUCAUCCUUCUGAAAGGACCACUAGGGCACGGCCACGGGGGCCACAAGUCCUGGCGGUGCGCACGGCGGUGCGAGGACAGUCCCUGGCACCAGCGCGCCCGGUGCGUGGAGCAGUGCAGGGAGGAGGAGCGAGAGAAGCAGCAGGAGGAACGGGGCGGCAGGCACGAGCACGAGCACGACCGCCGUGGCGACCGGCGCGGCGAGGGCUCGUCGGGAGACGAGCGUGAGCAGGAGCAGGGCCGGCGGCCGUACGUGUUCGACCGGCGCAGCUUCCGCCGCGUCGUCCGGAGCGAGCAGGGGUCCGUGAGGGCGCUCCAGCCGUUCCACGAGGCGUCCAAGCUCCUCCGCGGCAUCCGGAACUACCGCGUGGCGGUCCUGGAGGCGAACCCGCGCUCGUUCGUCGUGCCCAGCCACACCGACGCGCACUGCAUCUGCUACGUCGUGCAAGGCGAGGGAGUGGUGACGACGAUCGAGAACGGCGAGAGGCGGUCGUACACCAUCAAGGAAGGCCACAUCUUCGUGGCGCCGGCCGGGGCCAUCACCUACCUGGCCAACACCGACGGCCGGAAGAAACUGGUCAUCGCCAAGAUCCUCCACACCAUAUCCGUGCCUGGCGAGUUCCAGUUCUUCUUCGGCCCCGGCGGGAGGAACCCGGAAUCGUUCCUGUCGAGCUUCAGCAAGAGCAUCCAGAGAGCUGCUUACAAGGUAUGUAGUACACAUGACAUACAUGUCUUACAUGUUUAG